GCAAAGGACCGGAGCCUUCCUCCUCACUUGUCUCUUCUCGCCUCCUACCUGGAUCUAUUUGUCUGCUCUGAAGCUGCCUUCAUUACCCACUGACAGGAGCGUGUAUUUAUUUGCUUAUAAACCUGUUACAAUAAAUGAUUAUUCGAACAGCGUCAUUCGUACCUUAAUGACGAGCGGGCGCUACUUUUUGAUGAAUGACAUCUCGAGCUCGGAAGGAUGUAUGGGUCAUUUUGACCAGUCAUUCCCUCGCUCUGGCAUCCCACAAUUUUUCCGCCUCCCUCCGAAAGCGAUAAUAAUAUUUAGAGGCGUUCGCUGGGGCUGAAUGAGAAUUAGCCCUAGGCGCAGCCUAUCAUUAGGACGGGACAGCAGGGCCACUGUGACAUUUUUAAGAAAGCUGAGAUGAUGGAAAGAAUAAGAAAAGAGAUGAUUCUGAUGGAGAGAGGGCUGCACAGCCCUACGGCGGGCAAGAGAUUCUCCAAUUUGUCCGACUCGGCUGGCAAUGCUGUGCUCGAGGCCCUGGAAAAUUCGCAGCACCCGGCUCGCCUAAGCCCGCGCCUGCCGUCUGCCCCCCUGCACAGCGCUCUGGGAGAACUCCCCGCCAAGGGCAAAUUCGAAAUAGACACUUUGUUCAACCUGCAGCACACGGGCAGCGAAAGCACCGUCUCCUCCGAAAUCUCCUCCGCCGCCGAGAGCCGCAAGAAGCCGGGCCAUUAUUCAGAGGCGGCCGCUGAGGCCGACAUGAGCAGCGACGUGGAGGUGGGCUGCUCCGCGCUUCGCUCCCCCGGGGGCCUCGGCGCCGCUCAGCUUAAGGAAAACAAUGGCAAAGGGUACGCAGAGAGCGGCUCGGCUGCCGGCACCACGACGUCGGCGUCGGGCUCAGGCCUCGGAAGCCUGCAUGGAGGCAGCGGAGGCAGCGGCGGGAGCGCGGCGCUGGGUGGCUCCGGCUCUGGCGCGGAUCAAGUGCGGCGCUACCGUACGGCGUUCACCCGCGAGCAGAUCGCGCGCCUGGAGAAGGAGUUCUACCGGGAGAACUAUGUGUCGCGGCCCCGCCGGUGCGAGCUGGCCGCGGCACUCAACCUGCCCGAAACCACCAUCAAGGUGUGGUUCCAGAACCGGCGCAUGAAGGACAAGCGGCAGCGCCUGGCCAUGUCCUGGCCGCACCCAGCGGACCCCAGCUUCUACACCUACAUGAUGACGCACGCGGCCGCCACCGGAAGCCUGCCCUACCCCUUCCACUCGCACGUGCCGCUGCACUACUACCCGCACGUGGGCGUCACGGCGGCGGCGGCCGCGGCUGCAGCCUCAGGCGCGGCGGCCGCGGCUUCGUCGCCCUUCGCUACUUCCAUCCGGCCACUGGACACCUUCCGCGCCCUCUCGCACCCCUACUCUCGGCCGGAGCUGCUGUGUAGCUUCCGCCACCCUGGUCUCUACCAGGCUCCCGCGGCCGCCGCGGGGCUCAACAGCGCGGCCUCUGCCGCGGCAGCCGCGGCAGCCGCAGCGGCUGCGGCCUCCUCGGCGGCGGCGGCCGGCGCGCCCCCCAGCGGCGGCUCUGCACCCUGCUCGUGCCUCAGUUGCCACAGCAGUCAGUCGGCGGCGGCAGCCGCGGCAGCAGCUGCCGCAGCCCUGGGUUCCCGGGGUGGCGGUGCUGGCGGUGGUGGUGGUGGUGGUGGUGGCGGCGGCGGCGGCGGCGGCGGGGGCGCAGGGGCCGGGGGAGGCUCGGACUUCGGCUGCAGCGCGGCGGCGCCGCGUUCCGAGAGCGGCUUCCUGCCCUACUCGGCCGCGGUGCUUAGUAAGACGGCCGUGAGCCCGCCGGACCAGAGGGACGAGGCUCCGCUCACCAGAUAACUACGUCGCCACCGCCAGGGGGCCGCGCCCGCCGCUCUGAGUGUGCCCGGGAGUCCCCUGUGCGCCCCCUGAGCCCUCCGCGCGUUGCCCGCUGCUGCCGCUGCCGCCAGGGGGCGCCCCGGGGCGCGGGAGGCCGAAGGGAACCUGCUCCGAAUUGGGGGAGAAGGAGCAGGCGCAAAAGCCUGGCGGGCAUCCCCCUAAAUUAUUUCUAUUUUUGUAUUUGCCACCCAGCCGUCUGCCCUUCUCUGUCUUUUCUGGCUCCCAGGACCCACUUUCCACCUCUGUCCUGAGCGCUUGGUUUCCCAAAGACCAACCCCUCGCCCCCUAAGCUAGUCCUGGCUGUGCGCUCUCAGGCCCGGGUUGCUUGGCUGAACCGCGUGGCCCGAAGCAACGGAGAACCACAACAAAGACAGAGGGGGAUGCUGUGCGCUGGUGCUUGGGGGCGGGGGAGGAGUCGCCCCGGAGGUUUCUCGCUGCUGCUGUUUUUCUUCCUUCCUUUUCUUUCAACGAGGGUGGGGGAGGUGGCAAACGUUCUUUCAGCCUGAGCUUAUUAGGGACCCUGCCCGAAGAGUGCGGGAGAACGGAGGUCUGAUAAGGCCGGGAGGACGGAUGGAGAGCGUGGGCAGCGGUGGUUGUUUGUGAGAUUGUUUACUACGUUCAGGAGCAAGGUGGGUAGGGCUGUGGCCGCCUUCCCCGGGAAAGACAAAGCCGAGGUGCUGGAAGGGGUGGCCGUUGCGCCGCCUCCUUCUCGAUCCAUCACCUUUCUCUUUUUUGGUCUUUGGUUUCAGUGCUGAUGGAAUGGAAGCAUCUUGCAUAUUUUAUGCAAAAAGUGAUGGCAAAAGAGGUUGCCACGGCCAGGGAAGGGAAAGGAAGGGAGUUGGGGUAGGGGUAAGACUGAUAGAUCGCUGUAGUAUUUGGAGAGGCGUUUUCAGCUCAGUUUUCCAACUACCGGGUUCCACUCGAUCUGGGAAAUACUUGAAUCUCUAGAUAUAUUAAUAUUACCCUAAAGCAUUUCCUUAGACACUUUUCUAAGUUAGAACUCUCUAUGUCCCUCGUCCCCUUCUCUCCUCGCUUUCCUUUUCCUCGGGUGAAAUGGUUCUUGGCAUAUUUCUCACGCAUGUCUAUUGCGCCUUCGCCUCUGCAAAGCCACCGCUGGGUUGCUGAGACCCGCUCUGCCAACCCGGCUACUGGAGGGGUUUCCUUGAACUUGAAGAAAGGUACAUCAAAACCCACUAGUGUUAACUGCCACGUCAAGUUUGAUGCUAAUAAUGUGCAGAUUAUGACGAAAAUUGCCAAUCAUGCUCUCUGAUGGACCUCCUUUGAAUGUGGAAUUGGAGAAAAGUUCCCCGCACGGAGACCUGCUGUCAAGUACUAACAACCCGCUAAGGGAAGUCAUUAGGAGAGACGGAUAAGAGACUCGGGGUGUACAGCACAUUCUUCAAACUUAAGUAGUGUUUCUGUUUGCUGAGGAUAAAGGAUGCUGUGAACAUUUUACCAAAUUGGCUUCCACCUCUUCGUGUAUUUACAGAUCUGUCUUAAAAUCGAUAUUUCGAUGGCAAAAUGCAAGAGUCAAUGGUGUGUGCAAAGCAGUCUAUUCGAUUUAAAAACUAAGAUGUCCCUUCCUCGAAAUUUUCUUUUUCCAACUGCUCACCCUGGCAUUAAUUACAACGAUGAGGACACUACUGGGAAUACAGAGGCUGCGAUCACAAGCCAUUUUGGCCUGUAAUUUACCAUUAUUAUUGCAUUAGCUCUAAAUGAUACAAGCUGAUACCGUCUUUAAUUGCAGGUUGGUUAAAUAUAUACUGAAGUAAUCCCAAGGGUUCCCUCCCCCUCGAUAAAUUCUUUUCUCUUUCCCCUUCUCUCUUUUCUUGAACUCCCCCAUUAAAGAAAUACGAUUAUAGCAGCACAUUUGAACUGGUGAUGUAUCACCCUGGUUUUCGGUGCUCUUUGCUAACUCGGGGGUUGUAACCCUUAAAAACAAAAGCAUUGAGAUAGAUGGGCCAGCAAACGGAAAAAGACAGUGGCCAAAAAACCCUGUCCAA